AGAAGUCGUCCGUCACCUAGCAACAGCUUUAGCUUUUAGCGGAAUAAUUUCACAUUUUAUUUACAUUUUAUUGAAUAUUUUAUUCAUAAAGUCACUGUUUUAGAAGCUGGAUGGUGAUAUACGACAUCAGGACAGGUUGCAGCUGAUUUAAAGGACGAAAUGGAGGGUAUAAAAACGGAGUCGGUGGAUUUUGUGAAGGAGUUUCAGGAGUAUUUGAGCCAGCAGACUCAGCACGUAAACAUGAUCUCUGGUUCUGUGUGCGGAGAGAAAGAAACAACAACAACAACAAUGGAGCAACAUUAUCCCAAUAAUAUCCACGAGACCCAGGCUGCUGCCCAGAGCCCUGUGGAGCCCUCUCCUCCCGACAUGAGCCUGUCCCUGGGGGAGGCUCCUGACGUGCAGAUGGAGGGACUGGAGAGAACCAGCGACGGGAAAUACAAGUGCAGUUAUUGCAGCUACAGCAACAAAGGCAUGGCCCGUCUGGUGGAGCACAUACGCAUCCACACAGGAGAGAAGCCUCACCGGUGCCAGCUGUGCCCGUUCGCCUCUGCAUACGAGCGCCACCUGGAGGCCCACAUGCGCUCGCACACCGGAGAGAAGCCGUACAAAUGUGACCAGUGCGCCUUCCGCUGCAGCGACCGCAGUAACCUGUCCCACCACCGGAGGCGCCGUCACAAGCUCCUCCCCUCCCGAGUGCCCCGCCUCCAGCAGUUCAACAACAAACGGAUCCACAGCGCCUUACAGAAGAGACAGAACUCGCUCGGAUACGCCCGGAGACUGGUUUUAAACUACAACCCGGGUCAAAUGCUCAUGCAAAAAAACGACUACCUAAACGAAUUUUCGCACAAACAUCACGAUUUCCGAAACAUCCAAGACAUCCCAAACUUAGACGAAAACCGAUCCUGUUUACCGUUCACAAACCCUCUAGACCAGCUCUCCACACUGGCCGGUCAGCUCUCGGAUCCGACGCCAGACUCGAGCGAAAAUCUGACCGAAGAGAAACCGAUCAUCAUCCAAGAAAUCACCAGCCAGGCCAAGUGCACCAGCAGCGCCCAAACUUCGUCCAGUCCCGCGUCGCAGAACUGCAGCCCCACCCCCGGGAUCAGCUUCGAACACAACGCCAACAGCAGCAGCCAGGCCAAUUCGCCGACGCGAGCCGCUCUGGACGAAGAAAACCCACAGAAAUGCGUCCACUGCGAUAUCCAGUUCGCGGAUAAUAUUUUGUACACGAUCCACAUGGGCUGCCACGGGUACAAGCAGCCGUUUCAGUGUAACGUCUGCGGACACUUGUGUAAAGACAAGUACGAUUUCGCCUGCCACUUCGCUCGCGGGCAGCACAAGAAGUGACGGGGAAGUUUGAGUGAAUAUUAAUAAUUACUCAAUAUUGAUAAAAAUUCAAAUAAUUUUUUUUUUAACAGUAAAUUUUCACACUUUGGAAGGGUGACAAGAUUUUCAAAGUCCAAAAACGGAUACCCCAAGUCCUCGUUUAGUCCUGGUUUAGUCCUGGUUUAGUCCGGCAUCGAAGUUUAAGUCAUGUAAACAUUUAAACACAAAAUUGAAUCGUUUAGGGAUGGGCAUUCGAUGAAAUUUUAUUAAUCAAUCGUUGGGAGAAUUAACGAACGAUUUUCGAUUAAUCAUAAACGUUUUUAUAUUAAAAGUAUCAUCUUUAUUACUAUUGCUAAUCUGCAUAAAUAAACUCAACUUUACGACAUAUAAACCAGAAGCACUCUAGAGCCACAUCAGCCCGUUUCAACAUUAUAAUGUGUUUAAUUCAGCUUUGUGCAAGUCUCACAGAAAUUAAACUUAAAACUGCAUGGCAACUCGGCUCAAACCAGCGGAGGAAAAAAAAACAAACAAAAAAACAACAACAGCUCUUUCCUUGUUGUAAUGAGGACUGUAAUAUGGUCAGGACAGCAGUUAUAGAAGUUCAGGUGAGUCAGAAUGAGGGAGUCCACAUCCAGGUAAAAGUAGAACGUUUCUUUAAUGUCUGAGUGCGUAAAGACGUGUGUGUGGUUACCCAGGUUUAAUACAGAGGAAAAUGCACAUAUAUAUAUAAGAGAUGGGUUACUGGGGAUUUGUAAAAUAAAGGAAAUAGGCAUUACAAUCGUAUUUUAAACUACACACUUAACGAUGCGCAAUUACACAGCCACGAGGCUCGCAAUACAAAACUAAAGUCACCCACAAAAACUUCUAAACUGCACAAAACGCUACCAAACUCCAGCUACAAACUCUAAACAUAAUACCAAUCAAACACACACAAGAAUACUCACAUCUAAAGGACGCACACAAUCAUUCAGACAUUAAAGUGUUCGACACAGAGCCGAUGCACCGAGCGUCACACCGCUAUAUUCACUCAAGUUUUGGAACUCACUCGGUGUGCGAGCGCGCCCCUCUUGUGGUGAAAAAGGGGUAUGACAAUGAACAACAACUAAUAAUAUAACAAGACUAAAUGUCUUUUAUACACUUGUGCGCUGAUGUGGUUCAGCUUCUGUCGGACUAAAGGACUCGACUCAGUGGAAUAUGAGUGUUCUUUCUGUGACAGGGGUGUUCUGCUGAUGGUGAGUCUGUUCUGUUUGUGUCGCGUUGGGGAUGGUUCAUGUUUUCAGAGAUCAGACGUGUCCAGGUUUAGUGCAGCUCUUUAAGUUGCAGUAAUCGGGAUACUUCGUUUACAUGCACCAUGACGAAACCAGGACACUGAUGUGCUGUAAACACAUUCACUGAGUCGUACAGUGUCUCCACGGAGCCAGAGCCCAAACGUGGGACUGUGAGACCGAGACUCCAGUGUUUGUGUCAGACGCAGCCUCGUCUCCUCACACAGAAACCUACAUUCAGUUUGUCGAUUAAACAUGAAAGUGAUCAAUGAAAUUCUUAAUGAUCAGUUAUCAAUUAGUCAACUAAUCAUGCCCAUCCCUAGAAUCGUUAUCUGUU